AAAACAGGAGAGAUCCCCGUCAAGCGUGAUUGGUGUCGUGUGAUGAUAUGCAACUUAAACAGCAGCUUGAACCGUACAUGCGGAUAACAGUGCAAAUCCCUAAGGAUGCGGCGCAGAGGUUACGCCAAUUGGCAACCGAGAGCAAUGCAACUUUACGGGCUCUCGGCAUUAGCUCCGUACAGUUAGAAGGAGAUUCUGUGAUAUCACUAAAUGUUGGUGGACAACAAAUCGAUGUAAAGCCCACAGAUGUGUCAUCGAUUUUAGGCCCUGAGACGUCAGGAACGUCUUUGGGUGGUGGUGUUAGUGGCGGAGGAGGUGGUACCGUCAGUGACGGUGGUGAUAUUGGCGACUUAUCACAAUUACUCAAUGUUGGGGGCGCAGAUAUUGCAGCGGGUGUUGGUGCAGGAGGAAGUUGUGUUAGUGGCGUUGUCGGUGGUGGUGUUGGUACAAAUAGUGCAUUUGUACAAAUGUCACCAGCACAGCAUCAACAACUGCCACAAUCAUCGUCUUCAAUACUGCAACAACAACAACAACAGCAGCAGCAACAACAACAUAGAACAAAUGUUGUUUCAGGUGUUGGUUUCGGACAAAAUAUGGUGGGGCCUUGUGAGACCAACACCGCGAUGUCACUGCAACACCAACAACAAAUUAUGCAACAGCGUAGAAACAUAAUGCUUGGCGGACCCAGUACGAGUAAUGCUGCUAUUAAACAACAACAACAGCCAACAUAUGGCCCCACCGGGCAACAGCAGCAGCUGCAGCAACAACAGCAGGGUGUUUUUAAAUCACCGAAUACAGUUUGCCCUAUGGAUGGUAAAGUACCCGUGCCGCCAUUACCAGUUGUCGGCUCCGGUGGGUUUGGCAAUACUUCGAGAGAAUUUCCAUUUGAAAGUAUGCGCCAAGCUCGAGUGCUGCAGGGUCGUGAUAAUGCCCUUAACGCUCCUGGAAGUCAAAACGUACCAACACCAGGUGGCAUACCGUUGGCAUCGGGCGGUACAUCAACUGCUGUUGCUGGUCUUCAAGGAAACAGUGGUGGUAUGCAACAAUCAAUGAUGGGCAGCGGCCAAUUGGGACCACCUCCAAAUGUUGCACUGAAGGUGAUAAAAAAUCCACAAAGUGGAGAAAUUUUAACAACCACUAUUGGUUCUCCAGCUGGCAAGGCGCAGUUCUUGCAACCACCACCCCCACCAUAUCCGGGUGUAGGUGUAGGCAAUGUAAAUUCCCCCAAUUCUCCCGUGGCAAAUGCCCAGAUGGCAAAGCAGGCACCAAGCUAUUUGCAUUCGAGAGUAGUAGCUGCCUCUUCGUCGGGACCAUCACCAAAUGCCAUGUUGUCUUCUUCAAGUGGUGGAGGUUGCAACAACAGUAAUAACAUUGCCAUGUCGUCGCCACUCUUGGUUAAUUUGUUGCAGAAUGAUAACAGUUCGAUGUCAUCUCAAAAUGGAAAUCAUAUGAAACAAUCACCGUUGACUUCACCCCAACAACAACAAUCACAACAGCAGGCCUUAAUGCAUCAACAACAGCAACAGUCCCCAAUGAUGGCUGCAAUGAAUAGUCCCCAACAGCAUAUCAUGAAUUCACCCAUGAGAACAAGUACUCCGGGUAUAGAUUUCAUGAUGACACAACAACAGCAGCAGCAACUUCAACCUCAGGUACAGCAACAGAUGUUGGCCGCACCGGGUACACCUGAUAAUAGUUUAAACGUGCCUUCUUCACCCACUGCGACAAAUGCCAUGCGUAACACACAAGGUCCGACGCAACAACAGCAAGUUAUGGUAAGUCCCAGCAGCAGUAUAUAUGCCCAGCAACAGCAGCAACGUUUCCAACAACAGCAACAAAUGUCACCCCAACAAGCGGCAUUGCUGCGUCAGCAACAGCUGCAAAGGCAGGCUGCCAAUGCAGGUGUACUACAACAGCAGCAACAACAACGCUAUAUGCAGCAGCAAUCGCCACAACAACAAAUACUGCAGCAAUCUAUGGGCCCGAAUGCAAUGCUGGUAACGCAACAGCAACAACAAAUGAGACAAGUACGAGUAGGCAAUUUGUCGCAGCAAACUCCCCCAUCUCCAUUGCAACAGCAACAACAUCAACAUCAGCGUUUAAUGGGCAUGACGCCCGGACAUCAGCAACAAUAUAUGUCCAUAAAUGCUGGCAAUAUGUCACCAGCAACUGCACAUUCACCAGCCUCCAGUCAUCAUUCGUUACACAGCCCCCAUAUGACUCCACAUGCACAUGCCCAGCAGCAGCAGCAACAACUAGCAUCGCCUUCAACCACACCCGCCCAAUCCCCACUCAACACGUCACAAAUUGGACAGCAACUGCUGCCACCUCCGCCUUGUCCGUCGCCAGCGAUACAGCACAAUGUGAAUGCUGUCCCUGCGCCACAACCUCCGCCCCCGCCUGUUCCUGCAUCUACACAACACACAGUACCUUCUUCACCUUCUGCCAAUACAGCGGGAAUAAAUGCUGUGCAGCCGCCACCACCACCCGAUUACAAUCAAGUAACAGCAGCAGCAGGCAACUCAGCCUCCUCCUCCGUUUCUAGAUGGCCUGCGGCAUUGACUAAGCCCAUGGACUCCAAAACAAAGAGUAGUUUCCAAGAGUUUGCUCGUUAUCAAAUGCAAUACAAUUUGCAACAGCAGCAGACCCAGCAACAAGAACAACAAAUUAUUUCCAAUAUUGCGAAUUCAUUGCCCGGUGCUACGCCUGCCCUUACUAAAAGCAACGAAACGGUGGCGACUGAUGGCGGUGGUGGUAAUAAUGUAAAUAUGGCUGCCGCAAGCCAAACAUCAUCCACCAAUGUACCUGCGUCAGGAGGCAGCAAUGCCAUAGUGGAUCCGAACAAUGUUGACGAGUUGGCUGAACAUCUCAUCUCGUUGACAGGACUAGAUGCACUGACCACCAACGAUUUGGAUGCCCUGCUGCCUACCCUAAGCUGUGAUAUCGAUUCAUCUUUGAGUUUUGAUGAUAAAAACGAAUUGGAAUCUUUGCUGCAGGAUGCCAAAGAUUUGGAUCUGGAUUUAAUUGAAGGUAUGGAUAUUGAUGAGACGGCUGCUGCGGCAUCUUCGCUGUUGGCGGGCGAUGAACAAAUACCGCCAAAUGUUACAUUGGCAAUGGAACAAAUGCAGCAAUCGCAGCAACAGCAGAAUAUGGCUCCGCAGCAGAUGAUGCAGUCGCAGCAGCAACAGCAGGGUAGUCAAUUAAUGCAGCAACAGGCGCAGCCACAACAACAAAGGACAAUGGUACAUCAACAAUCACAACAUAUAUUGCAGCAACGUCUGCAACAGCAGGCGCCUAAUAUGCAACAACAUACCCAUCCCCAUCUUCAUCAGCAACAAUCACAAUCCAUGAACCAAAAUCCAGUGCCUCAACAACAACAGCAACAAUUUCUUAUGAAUUCAAGUCAGCAACACCAACAACAGCUGCAAAGACAAUUUAUAAUGCAGCAGCAACAACAACAACAGCAGCAGCAACACAUGGCCAAUCUAAGUAAUGUAUCGGCAUCGUCCUCCACAACAUCAUUAUCGAACACGCCCAGCACUAGACCACAAUCCCAACAAAAACAAUUCCUUAUAAAUCCAUUAACUGGAGAAUUGGAACCUAGUCCAAGCGAUGACAGUGAAACGGAGGCUGAGCAAGAGACAAUGAACACUCCUCACCACCACCCCCACCAUCAGCAGCAACACCCUAACCUCAAUACAUCUCUAAAUUCAAGUUUUACUCUAAACAAUAGCGCCAACUCGGGCAGCAUUUAUGACCUCUUACCGAAUUCUGUUAAUUUUUCUGAAGACUCCAAUUCAAAUUCGUGCAGUACCGCCUUAUCGAAGCUCUCUGCCUUGGACCAAAAUAAUAGUGGUACAUUAACACCUUUACCCAUGGGUGCUGGAUCGGAUACGGAGCGUUCACGGGACUCACUGAUAUCGAAUAAAUCUCAAAAGAACAAAAAGUCAAGGAAUGUCUCUGCAACGGCGGCGACAUCAUCCAAUAGCAGUGGCGGUACAAUGGUCAAUAAGUCAGGGGCUGGGGGGCAGGUUGAUAUUAUGGGUUCACCUCGGUCGGCAUCCUCAUCACCAUCAGUGGGUGCCAUGUUAAUGGGUGGCACUGGCAAUAUUGCCAGCACAACAACGAGUGGCAACAAAAAGGCCAAAAACAAUUUGCUGAGAGAAAAGUUGCAACAGGGUGUUAGAGAAAAGAAGAGCAAAGAGGCCAAUGCCAGUACACCAAAACCGAAAAAGGAACGCGCUAAAGCGGGCACAAAAUCCAAAGCAGCCCUGGCUGCGGCAGCUCAGUUGGCAAAAGGUACUCCAGGGUCUGGCGGUGUUGUUUCCGGCAGUGGCACGAUGUUGAGCACGCCUAUGAUGCAAACUCCAACUGGUACUGGCGGCAAUCCAAUGAUGAAUCAUGCCCAAAUCGAAAGUUCGGCAAACAUGGUGACUACAGAAAAAAUAAAAUUACGCCUAAAGUUGGAAAAAUCGGAACCUGUUUCACCUGCUUACAAGGUAGAUGUUUCCUUCGGUAGUGAUAAUGUGUCGCAGCAGCAGCAACAACAACAGCAGCAGCAACAGUCUCAAAUUAAUGCUCAGCUUUUGUCGAAUAGUGUUAUGCAACAGCAGCAACAACAGCAGCAGCUACAACAAGGCCUGCAUUCCCAUUUUCAGCAAAAUCAUCAACAACAACAAAUUCCAACAAACCCGCCUCCACAAUACCCCAUGCACCAACAACAAGGUGAGAACAUGUUUCCCCAACCUUCAUCGUCUGGUGUAAGCACAAGUAGUACAAACACCACGCCAAGCAGUACAGCAGCCACAACGCCGGCCACCACACCCACAGAAGAACCCCGGGUUCCACCGUUGCAUAUUAGCUUGCGGGGUGGCAAAAAUUCCAUUGUUAUUAAGAACUCUCGCAAGGAACGCAAGAAAGCUCAAAAUACCAAUAACAACCACCACGAUCAGGAUGCCAAUAGUAGUGGUGAUAAAUUAAAAACUCCAUCACAGUUGAAAAGGCCACACAAUGUAUCUGCUUCCUCCCAGGACACAAAUGCGACGACAGCUCCUGCUAUGGAGGAUCCAAGUAGUGGGGGUGGUGGUGCCGCAAGUGCGGGUGCUAGUGAACCCAAGCAGCCAAAAAUUGUACAACACAUUAUAAAAUCAACUCCACCACAAAUGAAUGGAGCAUCCCCUACUAGUUCCUCUUCAUCAUCCAGCUCCUCCACCGCCAAUGUCGCCAAUGAACCGAGCAAAAUGCUCAGUCAACAGACGACCACUGCUGCAUCAUUGCUGUCGGGUAUAAAUGGUAUAACCAUUAGUGCCAUGCAAAGUUUAGAUAACAAUAAAUCUCAGUCAAUGUCCCUGGUGGCCGACAGUCAAGGUCUGGGCUCCAGUAACAUUGGAACAAUAAGUCAUUUGCCACCACAACAGUUGUUGCAACCCUCAACACAACAGCAGCUGGCCAAAAUAACUUCACUACCAAAUAGCAUUACUUUAAGUACAAUUGCUAAUCCAAAUGGAAGCGGUAGUGGCAGCGGAAGUAGUGGCAGCAGUGAUGGGGGCAUUGGUAUCACAGCUGGUGGUCUGAAACACAACUUGAAAACGACGGCGACUAUAACACCAAUUCAGGGAAAAGCUUUAACAAAAAACCAUAAGCCACCGUCGUACAUUACGGCGGUUCAACAAUUGCAAUUCCAAAAACAACAACAACAGCAGCAGCUAGCUGCACUGGCCGAAAAGCAGACACAACAACAAAUGAUCGCAGCUGCUGUGACAAUGUUACCCAGUGCUACAACCUUGAAGCGGGUGGAAAUCACGAAGGUAGAAAGAAAGGAUGCAUCCGGAAAGGUUAUAGAGCAUGUACUGGUAAAGUCAAAUGAACCUGUGGCGGUGUCAACAGCAUCAUCUAUUCCAUCUGUACAGAUUGGUGCCUCCAAUGCCGCCAGUUACAGUACAUCAAAAUCUGCAACAUUGCUGCAAGGUACCACCACUACAAUCAAGGCAACCCAAGUAGUAGCAGUUUCUUCAGCAUCGUCGUCUUCAAAUUCGUCAACGCCUACCGUCGCCACCACAGUAAACACAACUGCAUCACAAUCGACAGUAGUAUCGACAAAGACAACGGACAUAACUCCGGUUGGCACGACAAAUAUAGGAACUGGAACGGCGGGUAGCAACUCUGAAACCCUCAGUCUGCAGAAUUCCAUAACUAGUGGCGCAACAACGAUGACAACAUUAGCAACAUCGACAGCUGCGAAUGGCGGCAGUAACACCAGUAUGAGCUAUACAUCCACCUCGUCAUCAUCGUCGUCGAUAUCCCUUGCAACAACCUUAAGGAAUUCACCAGCAAGUACCGGAGGCGGUACGCCAGCACAUACCAACAGUACUGGGGGCGAGGAUAGUGGCAUAGAGUCCAUGGAUGCAUUAUCAGAAAAAUCACCCCAUCAAUUGACAUCUUGUAGUCCUCAGUCAUUACAGCCACAAAUGCCAAUGGAAAAACUACCAGUACAAAUCCUGGCGAAAUCUGGCGGCAAUACAAACCCCAAUACAAUGACGACGACGUCGCCCUCCUUAUCAGUAGCUGGGGUACCAAAGACAAACGAAGAUAUAAGCAUUGCCGAUGAUGAAAUUGAGAAGGCUUUGGCCAAAAUGGAAGGCUUCACCGAAGAUGAUCAUUUGUUGGGAACAAAUACAAGCACAGGAAGUUCUAACGAUGACAAACUGCUGGUGGCUAUAGACACACCCAAAGUAAAUGGUGAUCAUUCGUCAAUUUUUGGAGACGACGAUGCGGCGGAUGAUUCCGUUCGGCGGAAGGAUGGCUAUCAUCAUGGAGAGGACGACGACGAUGAUGAAGAACUAAUAAAAAAUCUAACGGCCAGUAUAAUGGAGGAAGAAAAUGCAGCCAAAGAAAAACUAGAAAAAGAACUCAAAGAGCAGGAAAAGAAAGAGAAUGAAAAACGCAAAGAAGAAGAGGAUAAGAUUAAUAGCAAAGGUGGAGGAGGAAAUGUUAAUAAAGAGACACCAGCUACACCAAUGGCCAAAUCUAAGACAACCGUUGAAAGCCAUGUGACGGCGGAUCCAUCCACAAAAAAGAGUGAACAGCAGCAUGUUAAGGAAGUUAAUUACAACAAUAAUUAUGACAAGAAGGUGGAAGUGGAAUCUAUGGAGAAAAACAACAAAGAAAAGGAUUCAUCGAACUCCUCCAGCAAAUCCGAAGAGACGGCUAUUAAUAGCAAAAAGGACAGCAAUUCUUCGUCACACAAAUCAAAUUCAACUGCUGAUAACGCCAACAACAAGGAAGAUGCUGCAUCCAAAGCAACGGAGUUAUCUAUAAACCUAACACCUAUAUCCAUAGAAAUUCCUAUGAUUCCGACAGAUAUUGAUUCGCCACGCAUUCGUACAAGGGCAAGCAGUCGUCUGGGUAGCCCGAUGGACACUGUAAAAUCAAGUCCUUCACUGCUUGAUGGUUCAACAACAAAUGUACAAAAUGCUGGAGCGAAAAAUAAACAUGUAAUGGCUGCAAAAUCUUCGUUGCAUGAACGUGUCAGUGUUAGUCCCAGAAAUGCCACAUCCAACAACAACAACUGCAACAAUAAUUCAGCAGCAUCUUCAGUUCCAUCAAAUCAUCACACGCAGCAGCAACACCAUCAGUCUAACAAUAAACGCAAACGUUUGGAAUCGGAUAGCAGUAGCACAGCCAGUCUCAAUGAAUCGGACGCUAAGCGUGCUCGCAGUGGUAGUAAUAAUACAACUAGUGGCAGCGGUGCUGCUAAUUCGACGACAUCAUCGUCGUCAUCAUCAUCAUCGUUGGCGGUUGGUGGAGGAAAUACUACGGAAUCUAAUAACAAAAAAUCGGAAAGCUUGGAUAAAAAUAAUUCUGCCAAUAGUACUGGUGCCACCAAGAAGAUGGAAGAGUCUUCCGAUUCGGAUGAACCUUUAAUUGAGGUUGCUGGAAAAGUAAGAAAUUCCAAAGCGGCAGCUGCUGGCAGCAUUGAAUCAUCUACAACAUCCUCAUCGUCUAAUCAACAAAAUGUCUUGGUUUCCAACAACAGUAAUGCUAGCGGUGGUAGUCCAACUACAACCGUAUUGGAAAAUAACACGGAAAAGACUACAAGACAUAGUCGUGCUCAUCAUCAGCAGCAUCAACAUAAUAAAUCGUCAAACAAUAUAAUAAGCAACUCAGCUGCAACAAAUAACAACAACAAUAAUAACAAUAAUGAGUCCAGUGGUGUUAAUUCUACAAAAACUCAAAAGCAUCACUCCAGCAACAACCAUGGAAAUCAAGCGAAUGAGAGUACAGCAACAACACCAACAUCCAAUGCAACAAAUUCAGCGCAUGUAACACGAGGUGCUACCCAAGGGGCAACCACGAAUACCACCACUGUCACCAGCAACGCAACUACAAAUAAUACACACCACACUACCAACACAGUGGUGGGGACAGCAGCAGGUGCGGCUGCAGCGUCGUCUAGUGGCAACAGUCCAAGUGAUAAUGAAAAAAUUGGUACACGCCGUAGUGUUCGGGCGUCAGCUGCUGCCAAUAAAAUGAUUUACACCCGGGGAAGUAGUAGUGGUGGUAAUAAUACCAUAAAUGCCUCCGCGGUUGGAACGGCUACAGCAAAUAGCGGCGGCAAUGAAGUACACGCCAAAACAACAGGGCAUUCAAAAUCUGCUGCUGCUGGCAGUGUUGCUAAUUCGGAAAGUGUUGCAGAGGCACGCAGAAAAACGCGUAGUGCUGUCAUCGGAGAAUCUUUGUUGACUGAAGGACGCCGAAGAAGAGGGUCCAGAGACUACAAGUGACCAUUGUCUUGCGCCUCGGCUAUAGGAACUGAGGAUAAUUACGACUUUUACGUAUUCCAAGAUGAUGACUAUGAUGAUGAGGAGGAU